GUUAGGGAGAAGUGGGUAUUUUGAAAAUGUCAGAAAGCAAAGAUGAAGCUACAAGUAAACAAACGCCAAACGAAGUACUUUAACAGAUUAAAUGUGAUGAAAUGAAAAAACCCUUUUAUGACGUAGUUUGAAUGUUGUUUUGUUAAUUAAUGACACCAUGACACUGGGACAAAGGAAACGUGUACCAAGUUAUGCAGAAGUGGUGGCGACGCCCCCUCGCAAAUCAACAGAUUCACCUGAAUCUUCAGGGGCCAGUAAUAGUAAGGUCAAGGUCGUGGUAAGAAUCCGACCAGAGAAUGCAGCAGAAGGGGGAAGUAAUUCCCGUGUAGUGGUUAAGGCUAUGAAUGAAAAUGUAUUAGUAUUUGACCCAAAAGAACAAUCGUCGCCUGGAUAUGGCUACCGGAACCGACAUCGUCGGAGAGAUAUCCGAAAGAAGCAGUGUAAGGAUUUGAAAUUUGCCUUUGACCAUGUUUUUGACCAGAAUUCGGCAAAUCACAAUGUGUACGAAGAAUCUACCAAACAAAUUCUGGAUGGGCUGUUGGAAGGCUACAACUGUUCAGUGUUUGCCUAUGGAGCCACUGGAGCAGGUAAAACUCACACCAUGUUGGGUAACCCACAACAGCCUGGCGUCAUAUACCUCACAAUGAUGGACUUAUACACACGGAUAGCUGCCAUUCAGGAUGAGAAAAUCUGUGAUGUGGCUGUGUCCUAUCUUGAGGUAUACAAUGAGCAGAUUCAUGACCUGUUGGUCAAAGGAGGUUGUCUUCCAGUCAGAGAAGAUGCCAGGAAUGGUGUGGCCAUAUCAGGACUGUCUCUUCACACGCCAAGAGAUGCUGAAGAGCUCUUACACAUGCUGCACUUUGGGAAUCAGAACAGAACGCAGCACCCUACAGACGCCAAUGCUGAGUCGUCACGCUCACAUGCUGUCUUCCAGGUUUUUGUAAGACAGCGAGAUAGAACAGCCAACAUCUCAACAGAGGUACGCGUAGCCAAAAUGUGUCUGGUGGACCUUGCUGGUUCUGAGAGAGCUACGGUCACUAAGAAUUGUGGGGCGAGGUUCCGUGAGGGUGCCAACAUAAAUCGGUCUCUCUUGGCCCUGGGAAAUGUCAUUAAUGCUUUGGCAGACAGCAAGUACAAAGGCCACGUUCCCUACAGAGACAGCAAACUGACCCGACUUUUGAAGGACUCCCUCGGUGGCAACUGUCAGACAGUUAUGAUCGCUGCUGUUAGUCCCUCCAGUUUGUCAUACGAAGAUACAUAUAACACUCUCAAGUAUGCUGACCGGGCAAAACAUAUACAGGCACAGCUGAAGAAGAAUGUUCUCAAUGUUGACUUCCAUGUGGCCAGAUACGGUCAGAUCAUCCAGGAGCUCAGAAAAGAGAUUAAUGAGCUGAAAGGAAAACUCCAGAACUACGAGGAUGGUAAAAUGGUUACAGCCCAGCAACUCUGUACAGUACCUAACAAGACAGUCACAAGGUUGAAGGAAAACAUGGAAGAGAUAUUCUUCUCCAGACUACAGAUAUGCAGGGAAUAUCUCGAUUCUGAGCUGAAAAGUCGGGAUAUGAAGUGGAAAAUUAGUCGAAAGGAACGCUGUCUGGCUAGAAUGGCCUGCUUUAAUGAUUCCCAGCAAAAUGGGACAAAGGACAAAAUCCAACGGAUGAUACACUCGGCUCACGAACGGAUGACUAGCUUUGUCCAGAUGAAGGAGGACAAAGGUGUGAGGCUGGCGAAGAGUAACCACAGUCUGGAGGGGCUGAAGUCGGCCGUCCAGGAACAGAACAAUGGAGGAGGGGAUAACCUGGCUACAGAGAACUUGAAGCUGAAUCUUCAGUUACAUGAGUCCAGGCUGGCCCUGACAGAAUCUCAGUACUGUAUGAAGUACAUGGCCAAGGUGGUUCGAUCCCAGGAACGAGAGAUCUCUGGUGCUGAGAGGUUAAUUUUACAACUACUCAACAUGGUAAAACAACAACACAGUAUUCUGAAAGGUCACGACCUUCUGACCUCUACCCUGGACUCACAGUAUCACACCAUACAGACGAUCACAGAAGGCCGUGAAGUGACCUUCGCAGACCAAAGUUUAGCCGAUCAGAACAGUGCCUUAUCCCUCGGUGAAAUGCUGAAUUUUAAGUCAUUGCUAGCAGCUCAACACAUGUGUGAGAAGAGUACACUUGUAUCUAGUCAGUCGUCCCUGUCGAUGACCAACCAUUCGUCCAUGACAGACCAGACACCAUCUGCUCGGUCAUCUGUGACCAAUCUGUCUUCAGCCUCAGUCUCAUCAACAAGCAGCUUGUCGGCAUCUGCACAAUCCUCUGUGAUAUCCGAGGCUGCGUCAGUGGAUCAAGAUGCCAUGCCAGGACCCAAGAGGAUACCAGUGACAAGCCGCAGUGUCCAGCCAGUGCGAGUGCGGAGAGACCAUAUACAUUCUGAACGUAGAGUGGUCAGACUUAUGCCUUCGGACACAAAACCACCGCAGUCAGCAGUGGCGAAAGUGCCUGGACCUUUAAACUCAAAUACUCAUUGCUCUGAUGAGAUUUUCUCAGAUGUACCUAGUCAUAGUAUUGAAAGUUCAGCUGGUGAGAAAAGCUGUGGCGUAAAUGUGAUUAGAGACUCCAAUGUGUUCAAGGGAGAUAACUGCGUGACAAACAUUGGGUUAUCUUGUGUACGUGGUAGUGUGGAUGACCGAUCGUCACGGGGAGGUCAAAGAUCGCAGAUUGGAAAUCAGAUGGAGGCUAGUCAAGAUUUGAAUUCUACAUUUACUCUUAACCAAGAGAAUAUUGACCAUUGUGUUCUUGGUCGAUUACCGAUAGUGGACGACAACAGUGUGGAACGCUCACAUUCAUGUAGUCAUGAGGACUCUACACUACUGCCAUCUAGUGGUAGAGAGACAUCAAACCAGCCACACAGUGGCACAGGAACACUUGGUGGCAGCAUGGGACAUAGUGGGACAUCUUUACAUCCACUUGGUGGCAGCAUGGGACAUAGUGGGACAUCUUUACAGCCACUUGGUGGCAGUGGGACAUCUUUACAGCCACUUGGUGGCAGUGGGACAUCUUUACAGCCACCCAGUCGUAUCGGGACACAUAGAGGGACAUCUUUACAGUCACAAAGUGGCAGUGUGUUUGGACAAGUUAUUAGUGCUAAUUCACAGAGUAAAUCAAUUUUAAACUCCGCCAACAAAUUGUCACAGCCAACAAUAACAACAACAACACUGGCCUCGACAAACAAAUCCUCUCUUCUGACUUUGCUCAACAUUCAUCCUUUCAACACAGACUCAACUUCAGAGACAAAACCUUUAGGUCCUGGUGUGAACUCUUCACCCGUCACAAAGGCGUCAAACUCUGUUGAUUCUGGAACUGUGAGCAAGGGAGGUAAUCCUGGCAUUUCAGGUGGUAGAACAGAGAAGAGCAGCUGUGUUCGCUCCAUUCAGUUUGAUGGUGUUUGUACUCCGAAGAAAGUGCGAUCCUAUGCUGAGGUAGCUUCUAGUCCGUCAUUGUCAUGUGGGCGAGUGCCCCUGCGACAAGUUGACAGUAACACACCUUUAGCCACUCAGAUGACACCAGGACGUAGUAGAUACACAGAGGACAAAGAAAACACACCAGUACAAAUGUCGAAGGGAAGCUCUCUGAAUACGCCCUUACAGGGGAAAGACGGCAAACUGAACACUCCUAUGCGGAUACUUAAAGUGUCUUCUUCAGGUAAUCAGCUGACUAGACAGGCAACAGACAACUCGCGUAAGGAGAAGAGCAGACAACUCCUACAGAUGGGUCUCUUCUCGAUGGUGGACAGGCCACAAGAAGAUCGCGGGGAAGUUUCCAAAGGAACGACUCCUGGCUACAUGAGGAUGACAAAAGCUGCAUCAGGCAGAUUCCCUUCACGGCACAAGAGGGGACUGACAGAGGAAAAUGAUGACCUGAGAGGUCAUCCCUACAAGUCAAAGUCAACCAAAUCUUUGUUUCGCCAAAAAAGUCAGUCAACGUCAAACCUGGCCCGACGUGGAUGGCAGUUAUGACAUAAGUGAACGCCAAUAUUUCUAACGGGGAUGUGUAGGAUCAAUCAUGUAGAGACUUGUGCCAUUGUGACUGUGAUCAUGUUAAUUUUUAACUCAAUGAGUACACCAGUGAAAUGUUAAGUUCUUGUCAUCAUGUUCAUGGAAAUCCUGCAAUUUAAUUGUAGAAAUAUUGUGUUCAUCACUCAAUUCAGCAUCUAUGAAAUUAUUUAGAAGUUACAUAGGACAGAAAAUGCAAUGCGGCACAAUUUAAAUCCAAUAGCUCUCAUGGAGUUCUAGAACAAGUCGUAACAAGCUAAAUACUAAA